AUGAAGUGUUUGAAAACAUUAUUCUCAAUGAUUAUAGUUGUAUCGUGUCAUCUGGAAUACGGAGAUGGCCGGAGGAUUCUAAGGAUCAAAGAUUUCAUAACUGAUACUAACCAUAAAAACGUUGAUUAUUCACAAGUAUUUCAAAAAGCAUGGAAAGGGUUAUGCGAAGGUGAAGGUGAAGGUGAAGGGACUGGCGGGUCAUCGCUAGUGAUAAAUGAGAAUGAAAAAUACACUAUACAACCACAACUGUUUGAAGGUCCAUGCGUAUCUUCUUACAUUCAUAUCCAGAUCGAUGGGAAAAUAGAAGCGCCGAAGAGACCAAAACAGUGGGGAAACAAACGAACUGAGAGUUGGUUAAUGUUCAAGAACGUGGAAAGUCUCUUCAUCAACGGCUCAGGUGUCCUUGACCCCCAUGGAGAAACUUGGUGGCGAUCUGUUCGUCACUCUAAACGACCCAGAACACUUAGCUUUAAGCAAUGCACCGACAUAAUAUAUAAUGGGCUAACUCAAUACAAUAGUCCAAAGAAUCACAUUUCAGUCUAUGGUUGCACCAAUGCAACUUUAUCAAAUCUUACUUUGCUAGCACCCGAGAAGAGUCCAAACACUGAUGGCAUUGGUAUUUCUCUUUCACACAAUAUUCGUAUCUUAGACUCGUCUAUCCAAACUGGUGAUGAUUGUAUUGCAAUUACUGGUGGGCGUGGUGGUUCUUCCGACAUCAACAUUACUCGUGUGGCAUGUGGUCCAGGUCAUGGUAUCAGCAUUGGAAGUUUGGGCAAAGGUGAUAUAGAUGACACUGUUGAGAAAGUGAUCGUAAGAAGCUGCAGCUUUUGGGGAACUCAGAAUGGGGCAAGAAUCAAGACGGGAGGAAAAAGGUUAGCCAAGAAUAUGUUAUUUGAAAAUAUUACGGUAACAAAUACUAAAUACCCCAUAAUCAUCGAUCAACAUUACUCUAAUGGUGGCACUGGUCAUGUCAAGGGGAAUGCGGUGAAAGUAAGCGACGUAACAUUCAGAUAUAUUGAAGGGACCUCAGCAAGUAAAAUUGCAAUAAAGCUAGACUGUGAUGAAAAUCAAGAGUGUCAUGACAUCGUGAUGGAACAUAUCAAACUCACAUCUGCAAAGCCGGGGAAGAAACUCUCUGCAUAUUGUAAAUUUGCAGGUGUGAAAGCUUCAUUCGUUAACAUCCAUAUAAACUGUGGUUUAUAUAUAUCCUCAACUUUUGCCGUUGUUUCCUCCUCUUCCAAAAAUUAUUUAGCAACAUAUACAAAGGAUAUUUUUUAA